AUGCCGUCGGUUCCAGGCAAUAAAGAUAAAUAUGGCGACACUCGCCAGCCACCGUCAUCGCGGUCGUCGCACUGCGACGUUGCAUUGUCGUGUCAUCGUCAUGCGAUCGUGCUUCUCGUCAUCGCAAGCAACAUCAGAGCGGCGUCAGCCUACGCCUGUAGCGCGGUGCCCAGCUUUGCGCUGCUACAGCCGAGGCACCUGAACCGCGUAUCGAGAUAUCCGAGCAUGGGGUAUGACGGCGGGUGUGACUGCUGGAGUGUUGACCUGAACGUGGACUGGCGCGACCUGGAGGGCGUGCAAGGCGUGCGCAACGAGGGCGCGUGCAAGGCGUCAUGGGCGAUCGCAGCAGUGAACGCGGUGGAAGUGACCAUGGCCAUGGUUGCAGACCAGCUAGAGUCGUACGACAGUGCCUUCAACAUCUCCGUGCAGCAGCACGCAUCCUUCACACUCCACCCACCCUCUCAUGCUCCUCUCCCCGUCCCCUCUGCCCAGCAGCAGCAGCUGCAAGGGCAGGUGGUCCACAUCAGCGCCAGUGCUGACCCUCCACCGUCUUGCACCCCUCCUUCCUCUCCUUCACCGCUUCAGGUGGUGGACUGCGAGCCCAGCAGCAGCAGCUGCAAGGGCGGGUGGCCCACAUCAGCGCUGGACUACAUGGUGGAUGCCAGUAACGACCUGGGGGGGCUUGUGCCGCAGCUGCAGUACCCGUACAAGGGCAAGCAGGCCAAGUGCAACGCAGGCAAGAUCGCCACGUCAUCCACGCCACUGGGUCUGGCGCGAUACGAGCAGGUGGACUUGUAUGGGUGGAUUGGGCUGCUGCUGGCCGUGCAGAUCGCCACAUCGUCCACGCCACUGGGUCUGGCGCGGUACGAGCAGGUGGACUUCUAUGGGUGGAUCGGGCUGCUGCUGGCCGUGCAGGUGCAGCCGGUCAUUGCCUUUGUGCGCGGCAGCUUCCCCUCCUUCCAGAAAUACAAAUGGGGCGUCUAUGGCGAUCCCAGGUGUGCGGCAGCAGGCAUUGUGGACCAUGCAGUGCUGGUGGUGGGGUAUGCGUUCACGGGGCCAAAUGGGCAGGGCAACUGGAUCGUGCGCAACUCGUGGGGCACCAAGUGGGGCGAGCAGGUGGGGCAAAGGAAUGCGGGAGAAAAUGUUGUAGAAGGGGAGGGAGGGGGGGGCAAUGGGGAUGAGUUUGGGAGAGGACAGAGGGCGUAUGAGGAUGGCUUUGCAGGAAGUGUUGGCAUCUCCACUUCUCUCCUCAUCACUCUCUCCACUUCUCUCUACCUCUCUGCCCCUCCCCAUCUCCCCCAUUCCCCCUCUCCCCACUCCCUCCCCUCCCAAUCAGGGCCAUAUGAGGAUGGCUUUCGCGGGAAGCGGCCAUAUGAGGAUGGCUUUCGCAGGAAGCGUUGGCAUCUGCGGAAUCCAUUCCGUGCCGGCUAUUUACCCCAUCGUUCAGGGGUGAGUUGUCAUCGAGCCAUGUCGUCCUCUGCUCCUUUGCAACCGUCGAUCAUCUACAAGAGUGAUUCAAUUCUCUCCGUUUCCCCUCCUCCUCCCCGUUCCUCCCGUCCUCCCCUCCUCCCCCCCCCCCCCCUCCCCCUCCCCUGCCGUUCCCCUUUGACUCACUCCAGAAGCCCUGGGGGGGCAGCGCUUGUAUCAAUCCGCUACAGCAGUAACUCACUACCCUCCGUUCCCCCGUCACUCCCCCCUACACCUUCCCCCCAUCAUCCUCCUCCAUCUGCCACCAAGCCACACCAGUUCCGUCCCCCUUGCCUUCCCCCUGUGACUUGGCCACUAACCCUGUGGGGGCGGCGCAAAAUUAACUCACUCCCCUCCGUCCCCCCUCCACUCCCCCCCACACCUUCCCCCCCAUCACCCUCCCCCAUUAACCGCCGUGCCACACCAGUGCCAUCGCCCUGUGACUCGCCUCAGAAGCCCUGUGGGGGCGGCGUGUGUGUGCCUGAGGAGGGCGGCUACUCUUGUCAGUGUCCGGCGGGCUUUGUCAGUUUCACCAACGACGACGGCAUGCAGACGUGCGCUCCACUGGAUGCAUGUGGCACGCAGGCGUCCAACCCAUGCCUCACAGGCACUUGCAUCAACGACAAUGCGGGCGGCUACUUUUGUCUUUGCCCCCCGGGAUAUGUGAAGGGCAGCCUCACGCUCGGAUGGGAUACCUGCACGCCCUCCACCGAUCCCCCCACAACGCUCACCUUCCCCGUGGACGUGGACUGCCCGCUCGUCUACCAGCUCUACGGCCUCACAGAGGAGGCAUUCCUCGCUCAGAACUCCGAGCUGGCCUCCCCAUGCGCCACCAUCCCAGCCAACACCGAAGUCAACGUGGCACCCACAUCCACCUGCAUCGCCUGCAGCCUCUUCUACUCCUGGACCAACGACGACUCCUGCUCGGCUGUAGCGGAACUGUUCGAAAUCGACGAGACCGAGUUGACUCGCUUGAAUCCCGGGCUCGACUGCUCUGGCAGCGAGUCCUGCCACGCGCCCUCUCCAGGCCAGCAGAUCUGUGUGCGAGAGGGCGAUGGGAUGGACUACCCGAUGUGCUCGUGGUGGGAGGGUGUGAAACCAGGGGACACAUGUGCUACUCUCAUGCAGCGCUACAACCUGCCCGCACUCUCCUUCUUCUGGAUGAACCCGGGCCUCACGUGUGACAACCUCUUCCCCAACGGCAUGGACAUCACUGGAGUGCAGGUGUGCCUCUUCGCAUACAUCUACAUCAGCACCACCAGCGCCAGCUACCGAUCCUACUCGCUCACCCAGCCACUCCUCACCCAGCAGCACCGCACCCAGCCGCAGCCCACCGCUCUUCCCCUCCCAUCAACACCCCACUCACUGGGAAAGCUCACUCCACAGCAGAGCUCCUCCAUACAACAUCCCUCACCCCAACAAGGCCUCCUCCAUCAAUCCCCUUGGAAACGCGUCUGGACAGCAAAGCACCUCACAGGCAAGCCGCCCUUCCAGCUUCCCCCGUGGCAGCAGCCCGCGUGGCAGCAGCGGUGGGCAAGGCUAGUUAAAGCCGGAGUGCUAAGGGUGGGCCGGGCGCCUGUGACGAAGCGGCGGUGCCUGGCGUUCUACUCGGUGACGAGGGGGGACUUCUGUGCGCGCAUCAUAUCGCUCAAGUUCCAGAACAGUGCGCGAAAGAUGGCAGAGCUGAACAAUGGAUACGUGUGCAACAAUGACCGGCUGUAUGUGGGGUUGAGCCUGUGCACGCGGAGGUAG